CUUCGUAAUUGUUCCAAUCCGGACGCCCUCGUAUCCUGUCCGCUCACAAGCCGUCAUAUAACCUGUACAGCACUGCGCGUCUCGUCGAAAUGGACUCACUUUGCCUUGAGCAACUAGGCUUCGAUCAGGGGGUUUCUGAGAUAUUUGACAUGGACGUCCUUCACUCAUGGAUUACUGAUCCUCCUACUGGGCCUAUGGCACUUCAAGCAAUUGAAGAUCCAUUGGCCACCAAGCAAGCAGCACCUAAAGAGACGGAAUGGGACGAGAAGAAGCCUACUAUUGAGCAUAUUUAUUUGAAUGAGAAUCAAACUCUCACCGCCACCAUGGCCUGCAUGCGAGAACGGCAUGGCUUUACUGCAACCGAGAAGAUGUACAAAAGACGUUUUCGGCUUUGGGGUUGGUACAAAUAUACAACGAAAUCCCAACGAAGAGAGAAGCAGCCCAAGUGUCGAGAACCUGCGCUUGCCCCGUCCCAGCUCGGGAUCUGUGAGCCACCGGGGAAAGACGACCGAAGACAAGAAGAACAGCGCACUUCUUCCAGGGCUGAUUUGACGCGGUGCAACUUAUUUUCCUUGGAUUUCAAGGACUUCCAUCAAAAAGCAACUGUAUUCACGGCCAUUAAGCAACUUUUGGAGUCCCAUACCCAUACUUCUACCCACUCUCCCAGACCAUCUCCAUCAUGCAAGUUCAGCCUUCUCAGGAACAGCUCCGGCCCCAGGUUACUGGAUGGUGUAUUUGAAGCACUCAAUGCUUUAGAUUGUGACGCAAGGCUCGGAUGGCAGUCUAUGGAAAGAACUUUCGACCAAAUACAGUAUCAUGUUAGAGACGACAUCACAUCUUUCGCCGAGCUCUGCUUUCUUGUCCCACGCGCCCUUUUGUUCUCAUCACAAUGUCGAGCACUGCGUUUAUACCUGUCUCGACUGACGCAGAUGGUACAGGAGAAGAAUAUACAAGGGCCUCUUGCCCAAGUUGGUGGCCUAUUGCAAGACGUCUAUAAAUUGCAAAGGGAAUCUGGUCUCUUGGACGUACUCGUCUUUGCCGCCAGUGUUUUUGCUGCUGCUUUGGUGGAAAUACACGGCAAAGAAGACAGAAAGACUCUACUCGCGAGCUGGGAUUCGUUACGAGUAGCAGGCCACCUUGAACCCGCUGAGGUGUCGAGUUGGUUGGCUCAGUGGGAGUCAUUACACGAAGAAUGUAUGUCGCGGUUUGGGAGACACGGCUUCCAGACUUUGGGCCUUGAAGACGACCUUGCUGGCUUGGUACAGCCGACGAGGCUGUACCCUCAGACUAGCUGUCCCGUGGAAAUAGGGGUGCUGAUAAAUGGUGUCCGUCGGAAGCUGUUCCUCAUACCGAGCGAGGAGUCUGGUCGCUCCAAUUUUGAGGAUGCCGUUCAGCUUUUCCUUUAGUACACAUUUAGUACAUAUAUGGGUACCAA